AUGAAGAUCAACGCUUUAGCCUCGUCUGUCGCCCUUUUGGCGGUUGCUGUUAAUGCCAAACACGCUGUCGACACUCCUGAAGCCAACACUGUCACCGAAGUUCCAACUACUGCUUCUUCUAUUACUGAAACCACUACUUCCACUUCAUCCACUGCCUUAUCUGCCUCUACCACCGUGGCUGCCUGUACCGAUUACGCCUGUAUCCAAUCAGAAGCCGUCAAUGACGAAACCUCUUCUGGCUACUCCAUCACCCAUGUGGUUUCCACGAGCUCAUACGACUCCACAACAUACACCUCUGAAGGAUCCUCUACUUCAGCUUCUGAUUCUGCUACUGCUGGAGACUCGGUAGCCGCCACUACUAGUGGUGCAUCCGGUACCAAAUCCACCACUGCAGGUGCCGAUCAUACUUCUUCUGAAGCCACUGCCAUCCAUACUAUCGCCAGUAACAGCACCACUUUGCACCAUUCUGCUACCACAUCAGCUGAAUCAUCAGCUACUUAUGGUUCAGUUACUGGGGAUCUUACUGCAACUUAUGGUACUUCUGGGGCCGUCAACACAACUUCGAAAUCCAAAUCUUCUGCUGGUGAAGCUGAUCACUUACGUGCCACUGGUGGUCUAUUUGCUUUGGCCAUCUUUGCCAUUUCUUUAUUCUAA